AUGGAGAGUAUCGCCCAAAAGACUAAAGAUCGCAAAAAAGGGACAGAGCUGUCAUCUGAAGCUCGCUCGGCUAUUAUAGAUGCUUACGAAUCAGGCAUAUCUGCCUCCAAAAUUGCUUCCGAUUUUGGCGUGAGUCGAGCAACGGUUUAUACAACCUUGGAACGAUUUAAACAACACCAAACCACCAAGUCCUUACCUCGAGGGGGUGCCCCCGCCAAGUUUACCCGUGCUGCUGUCCGAUCUAUUUGUCUUUUGGUCCGUCGGAAGCCUGGCUUAGUUAUACUGAGCUUAGCGCCCAGAUACCUGGCAAUCCACGGCGCUCUACAAUUCGCCGAGUUCUACGUCGAUACAACCUCGAACGCUCCCAGCCAGGAUGUUGUAUGCCAACUGCGAAGGCCCUGGCUCGGAAAAGACUCAUAUACAAGGCUCCAAUGGAUUUUAUCGAUUCCAAAAAGGUUGUGA